GUAUUUGCAUUAAUCAUGUUUCCCACUUCCGUCGACCAGCUUCUCUUCUCUUCUCGUCUCGUUCUGAAAACACGGCCUACCUACAACUCUCCUCAACAUUUUGAAACUCUGUCGACCAAACCCACUUCGAUGUCCGGAUACUCGAAUGCGCUUCGAUAAACCGUUUUGGGUUUCGCGGAGAUUACUGAUUUCGUGCUUCUUUCUGUGAAUACUUUGCUGGGCAAGAGGGUUAACAGAAGAAAUGGAGGGCCUAUGGGCUAUGUUUUGUGGGGAAUCUGAUUGUUCAGCUGGUAUGGAAAGACCUUGCAGCACUGACUUCAAGCUUGUAACACAACCUUCGUCCUGUAUGAACCACGUGAUGAUUAUUGGUUUUGAUAUGCUGAUCAUGGUCAUGUUCUUAUUCAAUAUCAUUCGGAAGAAAUCAUCAAAAUCUGGAUACAUGCAAGCCCAAUUUCGCGGUCAUACGCGCCUGCAGAUUAUAUCUGCCAUUUUCAAUGGUGUUUUGGGAGUGAUAUACUUGUGCUUGGCUAUUUGGGUGGUAGUGGAGAUGUUAAGGCUGACCAAUACAGCUUUACCUUUGCAUUGGUUGUUACUACUUUUAGUUCAGGGGUUAACAUGGUUGUCAGUGGGCUUAACCGUAAGCCUAAGGGGAAAUCAUUUUCCAAAAGCUUCAUCGCAGCUUUUAUCAAUUAUUGCCUUCCUAUUUGCUGGAAUUUCUUGUGGUUUAUCUCUUUCUUCUGCUAUAAGUAUCCAACAAGCGUCCAUUAAGGUAGCUUUGGAUGUAUUGUCAUUUCUUGGAGCAAGCUUAUUGUUGCUAUGCACUUACAAGGGCUCCAAAUAUGAAGAAAUUGACGAUAUUUUGUAUGCCCCAUUGAAUGGUGAGGUCAAUGGCAACAGUAAAUUUGAGUCUGUUGUCACCGUUACUCCUUUCUCAAAAGCUAACUUUUUCAGUAAGAUGUCCUUUUGGUGGUUGAAUCCAUUGAUGACAAGGGGCAAGGAGAAAACUCUUGAGGAUGAAGACAUACCCAAAUUGCGCGAGGAAGAUCGAGCCGAAGCUUGUUACUUGCUAUUCACAGAACAAUUCAAUAAGCAAAAACGACAGAAUCCCUCAUCCCAACCGUCUGUGUUGAAGACACUAAUUUUAUGCCAUUGGAAUGAGAUUUUGAUGUCUGGAUUUUUUGCGCUGCUGACGAUAGUUACUGUAUCUGCUGGUCCCCUGCUUCUUAAUGCGUUUAUUGAGGUAGCUGAAGGAAAAGAAAGUUUUAAAUAUGAGGGUUAUGUCUUAGCCAUCUCCCUUUUCUUUUCAAAGAGCUUAGAGUCCUUAGCACAGAGACAGUGGUACUUCCGUAGUAGACUUGUGGGUCUGAAAGUGAGGUCUUUGUUAACAGCAGCCAUUUAUAAGAAGCAAUUAAAACUAUCAAAUGCUGCUAAGAUGGUGCACUCAGUUGGUGAGAUAACAAACUAUGUUACUGUGGAUGCUUAUCGGAUAGGAGAGUUCCCUUUUUGGUUUCAUCAAACUUGGACAACUAGCCUCCAGCUGUGUUUUGCCUUAAUAAUCCUAUACCGAGCAGUAGGGCUGGCUACAGUUGCCUCCAUGGUUGUGAUAAUUCUCACAGUGCUUUGCAACGCUCCUCUUGCUAAAUUACAGCAUAAAUUCCAGUCUAAGCUCAUGGUGGCUCAAGAUGAGCGGCUAAAGGCUAGUCAAGAGGCUCUUGUGAACAUGAAGGUGUUGAAACUAUAUGCGUGGGAAAAUCAUUUCAAGAACGUCAUUAAAAACUUGAGGAAUGUGGAAUAUAAGUGGUUAUUAGCAGUUCAGUUGCGUAGAUCAUACAAUGGCUUUCUCUUUUGGACAUCUCCCGUAUUGGUCUCAACUGCCACUUUUGCAGCAUGCUACUUUCUCGGAGUUCCUUUGUAUGCUAGUAAUGUUUUCACCUUUGUGGCAACUUUACGUCUUGUUCAGGACCCCGUGCGAUGUAUUCCGGAUGUGAUUGGGGUGACCAUUCAAGCAAAAGUUGCAUUCUCCAGGAUUGUGAAGUUUCUUGAGGCACCUGAGCUAGAGAAUGCAAAUGUCCGCCAAAAGAGCAACAGAGAAACAAAAAGCCAUGCCAUUUCCAUCCAAUCUGCUAAUUUUUCUUGGGAAGUGAAUCCAGCGAAGCCCACUCUUAGAAAUAUUCAUUUAGAUGUUAGACCUGGCGAAAAGUUGGCUAUAUGCGGAGAGGUUGGGUCAGGCAAAUCAACUCUUCUGGCAGCAAUCCUUGGAGAGGUUCCAAAUACCCAGGGAACUAUUCGAGUGUAUGGAACUAUUGCCUAUGUUUCUCAAUCAGCAUGGAUCCAGACUGGAAGUAUACGAGAUAAUAUUUUAUUUGGGUCCGCCUUGGAUAGUGAGAGAUACCAAGAAACAUUAGAGAAGUGUUCCUUGGUGAAGGAUCUUGAGUUGCUACCACAUGGAGAUCUCACAGAAAUAGGGGAAAGAGGAGUUAAUCUCAGCGGUGGUCAGAAGCAGCGGAUCCAACUUGCUCGUGCACUGUAUCAGGAUGCUGAUAUAUAUCUCUUGGAUGAUCCAUUCAGUGCCGUGGAUGCACACACUGCAACCAGCCUAUUCAAUGAAUAUGUAAUGGGAGCGCUUUCAACGAAGACGGUCUUACUUGUGACUCACCAAGUGGAUUUCCUUCCUGCAUUCCAUUCUGUUUUGUUGUUGUUGGAUGGAGAAAUUCUACAUGCUGCAUCUUAUCAUCAGCUACUUGCUUCAAGUCAAGAAUUUCAGGACCUAGUCAAUGCACACAAAGAGACAGCUGGGGCUGAAAAGCUUGCAGAGAUAGCUCCUUCCCAGAAGCGGGAAACCCCAGUUAAAGAGAUAAGGAAGACCCUUAUAGAAAAGAAUCCUAAAGCAUCUGGAGGUGAUCAGUUGAUUAAACUGGAAGAGAGAGAAGUAGGAGACACUGGUAUCAAGCCUUACAUACAGUACUUGAAUCAGAACAAAGGCUACGUUUAUUUCUCCGUGGCUUGGCUCUGUCACCUUACAUUCGUUAUUGGUCAGAUACUACAGAACUCUUGGAUGGCUGCCAAUGUUGAUAAUCCUCAUGUUAGCACAUUGAGAUUGAUAAUUGUUUACUUAGUGAUUGGAUUUUCGUCAACAAUAUUUUUGCUUGUUCGAUCUCUGUCCACAGUUUCUUUGGGUAUGCAAUCCUCAAAAUCUUUGUUUUCACAGCUCCUAAACUCCCUUUUCCGUGCGCCCAUGUCAUUUUAUGACUCUACCCCUUUGGGAAGGAUACUGAGUCGGGUGUCAGCCGAUUUGAGUAUUGUGGAUAUUGAUAUUCCAUUUAGCUUCAUCUUCUGUGUUGGAGCUACCACAAAUUCUUAUGCUAAUCUUACAGUGUUAGCUGUAGUUACCUGGCAAGUCCUCUUUGUCUCCAUUCCAAUGUUGUUUUUGGCAAUUCGCUUACAGAGAUACUACUUUGCCUCUGCAAAAGAAUUGAUGCGGAUAAAUGGCACAACCAAGUCUUUCGUAGCAAAUCAUCUUGCUGAAUCAAUAGCAGGAUGCAUGACGAUUAGAGCAUUUGAGGAGGAGGGUCGAUUCUUUGCAAAGAAUCUUGACCUAAUUGAUAUAAAUGCUAGUCCCUUUUUCCACACUUUUGCAGCAAAUGAGUGGUUGAUCCAGCGGCUUGGAAUACUGAGUGCAAGUGUUCUCUCCUCAUCAGCACUCUGCAUGGUUUUGCUUCCUCCUGGAACUUUCAGCUCCGGAUUUAUUGGAAUGGCUUUGUCCUACGGUCUCUCAUUGAACAUGUCCCUUGUCUUCUCCAUUCAAAACCAGUGCACACUUGCAAAUCAAAUUAUUUCAGUAGAAAGGCUCAACCAGUACAUGCACAUACCAAGUGAAGCUCCUGAAGUAAUAGAAGAGAACCGACCUCCAUUCAAUUGGCCUUCUGAGGGCAAGGUGGAGAUUCAAGACUUGCAGAUCAGAUAUAGGCCAGAUGCACCACUUGUUCUGCGUGGGAUAAGUUGCACAUUUGGCGGAGGGCACAAAAUUGGUAUUGUUGGAAGAACUGGAAGUGGGAAGACUACUUUGAUAGGUGCUUUGUUCCGUCUAGUGGAGCCUUCAGGUGGGAAGAUUGUAGUUGAUGGAAUAGACAUAUCGACUCUUGGACUUCAUGAUUUGAGGUCUCGUUUUGGAAUUAUACCUCAAGAUCCCACUCUUUUUAACGGAACUGUGAGAUACAAUUUGGAUCCUUUAUCUCAACAUACUGACAAAGAAAUAUGGGAGGUUCUUGGAAAGUGUCAGCUUGGUGAAGUUGUUCAGGAGAAAGAACUGGGCCUCGACUCAUUGGUUAUGGAUGAUGGUUCAAACUGGAGCAUGGGACAGAGGCAACUGUUCUGUUUGGGCCGUGCCCUUUUGAGGAGAAGCAAGAUAUUGGUUCUUGACGAAGCAACUGCAUCAAUUGACAAUGCAACUGACUUGAUUCUUCAAAGAACAAUCAGGACUGAAUUUGCUGAUUGCACUGUGAUCACAGUGGCCCAUAGGAUCCCAACCGUGAUGGAUUGCACAAUGGUUCUAGCCAUUAGUGAUGGAAAAUUGGUAGAGUAUGAUGAGCCGAUGAAUCUAAUGCAGAGAGAGGAUUCUUUGUUUGGGCAGCUUGUUAAGGAAUACUGGUCUCAUUAUCGGUCAGCAGAAUCAAUGGGUAAUUCUGAAAUGGAUCGGAAAGGAGAGGUAAAAGCUGUACAAGAUAGGAUGGAUCCUUUUGGCCUGCGCCCUUCCAGUAUUUCUGAUUUUCCCUACUAUUCCCAUUUUCCAUGGAUUGCAAGCCAAACCCAUCUGAUUCUGUCUGAACACAAUACAAAGAACUGUCAGUCAAACACGAUAAUAUUUCCAGAUUGUCAAAAACUGAAGAGUUCCGGUUUCGUGGUUCUGUCUGAACUUCAGUACCUUUGGAUUGUCCAGCUGAAUGCUUUUGAAUGCCUUUUUUGGACAAUGAUCAAAUUCCAGGGUGCUAAAGAUGGGCCCAUACAGAAUACGAUACCCAGCCACAAACUCAUAAGAUAUUUCUUAAUUGGAUUUUGUGCUGGAAUAAACAGUUUUGGGCAGAGAAAAAAUAAGGUCCUACCUAUUUGUCCCUCAAGACUUUGCUGGGCGAGCAGGUUAAGAAAAGAAAUGGAGGGCCUAUGGGCUAUGUUUUGUGGGGAAUCUGAUUGCUCAGCUGGUAUGGAAAGCCGUUGCAGCACUGACUUCAAGCUUGUAACACAACCUUCAUCUUGCAUGAACCAUGCGAUGAUUAUUGCUUUUGAUAUACUGAUAAUGGUCAUGUUCUUAUUCAAUGUCACUCGUAAGAAAUCAUCAAAAUCUGGAUACAUUCGAGCCCAUUUUCAUGGCAGUACGUGCUUGCAGAUUAUAUCCGCUGUUUUCAAUGGUGUUUUGGGAGUGAUAUACUUGUCCUUUGGUGUUUGGAUGCUGGUGGAGAUGUUGUGGUUGACCAACACUGUUUUGCCUUUGCAUUGGUUGUUACUAGUUUUGGUUCAGGGGUUAACAUGGUUGUUGGUGGGCUUAACCGUAAGCCUAAGGGGAAAACAUUUUUCAAAAGCUUCAUUGCAGCUUUUAUCUAUUCUUGCCUUCUUAUUUGCUGGAAUUGCUUGUGGUUUAUCCCUCCUUUCGGCCGUAAGUAUCCACGAAGUGUCCUUUAAGGUAGCUUUGGAUGUAUUGUCAUUUCUUGGAGCUAGCUUAUUGUUGCUAUGCACUUACAAGGGCUACACCUAUGAACAAAUUGAUGAUAUUUUAUAUGCCCCGCUGAACGGUGAGAUCAAUGGCAGCGGUAAAACUGAGUCUAUCGUCACUGUUACUCCUUUCUCAAAAGCUAACUUUUUCAGUAAAAUGUCCUUUUGGUGGUUGAAUCCAUUGAUGACAAAGGGCAAGGAGAAAACUCUUGAGGAUGAAGAUAUACCCAAAUUGCGCGAGGAAGAUCGAGCUGAAGCUUGUUACUUGCAAUUCACAGAACAAUUCAAUAAGCAAAAACGACUGAAUCCCUCAUCCCAACCGUCUGUGUUGAAGACACUAAUUUUAUGCCAUUGGAAGGAGAUUUUGGUGUCUGGAUUCUUUGCGCUGCUGACGAUAGUUACUGUAUCUGCUGGUCCACUGCUUCUUAAUGCGUUUAUUAAGGUAGCUGAAGGAAAAGAAAAUUUUAAAUCUGAGGGUCAUGUGUUAGCCAUCUCACUUUUCUUUUCAAAGAGCAUAGAGUCCUCAGCACAAAGGCAGUGGUACUUUCGUAGCAGACUUGUGGGUUUAAAAGUGAGGUCGUUAUUAACAGCAGUCAUUUACAAGAAGCAGUUAAAACUUUCCAAUACUGCUAAGAUGAUGCGCUCAGCGGGUGAGAUAACAAACUACGUUACUGUGGAUGCUUAUCGGGUAGGAGAGUUCCCUUUUUGGUUUCAUCAAACUUGGACAACUAGCCUCCAGCUGUGUUUUUCUUUGAUUAUCCUAUACCGUGCAGUAGGGCUUGCUACAAUUGCAUCCAUGGUGGUGAUAAUUCUGACUGUGCUUUGCAACACCCCUCUUGCUAAAUUACAGCGUAAAUUCCAGUCUAAGCUCAUGGCAGCCCAAGAUGAACGGCUGAAGGCUAAUCAAGAGGCUCUUGUGAACAUGAAGGUGUUGAAACUAUACGGGUGGCAAAGUCAUUUCAAGAAUGUCAUUGAAACCUUAAGGAGUAUCGAAUAUAAAUAUUUAUCAGCAGCUCUGUUAUGUAAAUCAUACAAUAACUUUCUCUUUUGGUCGUCUCCCAUACUAGUCUCAACUGCCACUUAUGCGGCAUGCUACUUUCUCGGAGUACCUUUAUAUGCUAGUAAUGUUUUCACUUUUGUAGCAACUUUACGUCUUGUUCGAGAGCCUGUGAGAUCCCUUCCGGAUGUAAUAGCGGCGACCAUUCAGGCAAAAGUUGCAUUCUCUAGGAUUGUGAAGUUUCUUGAGGCACCUGAGCUAGAGAAAGCAAAUAUUUGGCAAAACAGCAACAUAGAAACAAAAAGCUAUGCCAUUUCUAUUAAAUCUGCUAAUUUUUCAUGGGAAGUGAAUCCAUCGAAGCCCCCACUUGGAAAUACUAAUUUAGAAGUUAGACCUGGCGAAAAGUUGGCUAUAUGUGGAGAGGUUGGUUCGGGCAAAUCAACUCUUCUGGCUGCAAUCCUUGGUGAGGUUCCAAUUACCCAGGGAACUAUUCAAGUACGUGGGACUAUGGCCUAUGUGUCUCAAUCAGCAUGGAUCCAGAGAGGUAGUAUACGUGAUAAUAUCUUAUUUGGGUCUGCCUUGGAUGGUGAGAGAUACCAAGAAGCAUUAGAGAAGUGUUCCUUGGUGAAGGAUCUUGAGUUGCUUCCCUAUGGAGAUCUCACUGAAAUUGGGGAAAGAGGAGUUAAUCUUAGUGGUGGUCAGAAGCAGCGGGUCCAACUUGCUCGGGCACUGUAUCAGGAUGCUGAUAUAUAUCUCUUGGAUGACCCAUUCAGUGCUGUCGAUGCGCACACUGCUUCGAGCCUAUUCAAUGAAUAUGUUAUGGGAGCACUUUCAGCGAAGACAGUCUUACUUGUGACUCACCAAGUGGAUUUUCUUCCUGCAUUCCAUUCCAUUUUGUUAAUGUCGGAUGGAGAAAUUCUACACGCUGCAUCUUAUCAUCAGCUUCUGGCUUCCAGUCAAGAAUUUCAGGACCUAGUCAAUGCACACAAAGAGACAGCUGGCGCUGAAAGGCUUGCAGACGUAGCUCCUUCCCGGAAGUGUGAGACUCCAGUCAAAGAGAUAAGGAAGGCUCAUAUAGAGAAGAAUUCUAAAACAUCUGCAGGUCAUCAGCUGAUCAAACUAGAAGAGAGAGAAGUAGGAGACACUGGUAUCAAGCCUUAUAUACAGUACUUGAAUCAGAACAAAGGCUACUUGUAUUUCUCCAUGGCUAGUCUCUGUCACCUUGCAUUCGCUGUCGGUCAGAUACUACAGAACUCUUGGAUGGCUGCUAAUGUUGAUAAUCCUCACGUUAGCACAUUGAGAUUGAUAACUGUUUACUUGGUGAUUGGAUUUUUGUCAACAUUAUUUUUGCUCGGUCGAUCUCUGAAUACAGUUUCUUUGGGUAUGCAAUCGUCAAAAUCUUUAUUUUCACAGCUCCUAAACUCCCUCUUCCUCGCUCCCAUGUCAUUUUAUGACUCUACACCUUUGGGAAGGAUAUUGAGUCGAGUGUCAGUUGAUAUGAGUAUUGUUGAUAUUGAUAUUGCAUUUAGCUUUAUCUCCAGUGUGGGAGCGACCACAAAUGCUUUUGCUAAUCUUGCAGUAUUAGCUACUGUUACCUGGCAAGUCCUCUUUGUCUCCAUUGCAAUGAUGUUCCUGGCAAUUUGCUUGCAGAGAUACUACUUUGCGUCUGCAAAGGAGUUGAUGAGGAUUAAUGGCACGACCAAGUCUUUUGUGGCAAAUCAUCUUGCUGAAUCAAUAGCAGGAUCCGUGACGAUUAGGGCAUUUAAGGAGGAGGACCGAUUCUUCGUAAAGAAUCUUGACCUCAUUGAUAUAAAUGCAAGUCCCUUUUUUCACAGUUUUGCAGCAAAUGAGUGGUUGAUCCAGCGGCUUGGAGUACUGAGUGCAGUUGUUCUCUCCUCAUCAGCUCUCUGCAUGGUUUUGCUUCCUCCUGGAACUUUCAGCUCUGGAUUUAUUGGAAUGGCUUUGUCGUAUGGUCUAUCAUUGAACGUGUCCCUUGUCAACUCCAUUCGAAACCAGUGCACAAUUGCAAAUCAGAUUAUUUCCGUGGAAAGGCUGAACCAAUACAUGCACAUACCAAGUGAAGCUUCUGAAGUUAUAGAAGAGAACCGACCCCCAUUCAAUUGGCCUACUGAGGGCAAAGUGUUGAUUCAAGAUUUGCAGAUCAGAUAUAGGGCGGAUGCACCACUUGUUCUUCGUGGAAUAAGUUGCACAUUUGAAGGAGGGAACAAAAUUGGUAUUGUUGGAAGAACUGGUAGUGGAAAGACUACUCUGAUAUCUGCAUUAUUCCGUCUGGUGGAGCCUUCAGGUGGGAAUAUUGUAGUAGAUGGAAUAGACAUAUCAAGGCUUGGACUUCAUGAUUUGAGGUCUCGUUUUGGAAUCAUACCUCAAGAUCCCACUCUUUUUAAUGGAACUGUGAGAUACAAUUUGGACCCUUUAUCUCAACAUACCGACCAAGAAAUAUGGGAGGUUCUUGGAAAGUGUCAGCUUAGAGAAGUUGUUCAGGAUAAAGAGUUGGGCCUCAACUCAUUGGUUGUGGAAGAUGGUUCAAACUGGAGCAUGGGACAGAGGCAACUGUUCUGUUUGGGCCGUGCCCUUUUGAGGAGAAGCAAGAUAUUGGUGCUUGACGAAGCAACUGCAUCAAUCGACAAUGCAACUGACUUGAUUCUUCAAAGAACAAUCAGGACUGAAUUCGCUGAUUGCACUGUGAUCACAGUGGCCCAUAGGAUACCCACCGUGAUGGAUUGCACAAUGGUUCUGGCCAUCAGUGAUGGAAAAUUGGUGGAGUAUGAUGAGCCGAUGAAUCUAAUGAAGAGAGAAGGUUCCCUGUUUGGGCAGCUCGUCAAGGAAUACUGGUCUCAUUAUCAGUCUGCACAAGAAUCACAUUGAAGCAUAUUGUAACGCCAAAUGUUGCCGAUUUUCACGGCGUAAAUAGUCCAGUAAAAACUAUCCCGAAAUUGUGUUGGUGGCAAGUUGGAAACCUCUGAAUUGAAUCCGGAUGGAGGGGUAAAAGUUGUACAAGAUAUAUAGGAUGGAUGUUAUGAGAAAUUUUUGGGUGCCGGGUGGGUACCACGUGGCCAUGCCCACGUGGUGCCCGAACAGUCCAUCCCGGCCGUCCAAAAGCGUAUUGGAUGGCCCAGAUUAAAACACUCUCUCUUCCUUCAUCCCACCACUCUCUUUUCUCUUUCUCUCUCCAAAUCCAAGCCAUCCAAAACCGAAAUAGACGCCCUGAAUGCGCUGCUUGGUGCCCGCUCGACAUCCAAAAUUUUCUCAACAUUCAGGCUCCCGAUCGAAUGGAAAAGAUUGGUUCGUUUAUAACUAUUGUUUUAUAAAAUGUUUGUCUAUUUGGAAAUUUAU